UCUCACUCAUUGUAUUAGUUUUGAGUCAAUAGGACUAGGCAGAACGAAUUUUCAGGUAAAAUUUUGACUCAGGUACAUUUUAUACCUGAGCUAAAUCUUUUUGCAUUUCAUACUUUUACAUUUCUAUUAUUACUCUUAAAACUAACUCUACUACUCCUGCCGCAAUACUAUUACUACUACUACUACUAUUAUUAUUAUUAUUAUUAUUAUUACUAUUACUACUACUACUACUGCUACUACUACUACUACUACUACUACCAGGAACGCUGGAAAAAGUGGUCCUGACAAGAAACGUUCGUUAUGUAUACACACACGGAACGGUCGAGAUGGCGAGCAGCGUUACUCUCGAAAAUGGAGUAGAUUCGACGAUUGUUUUAAGUUAACCAAACGCGCAAGGCCGAUCUCGUGGUCAAGAGCCACGCGUUAUACGAGUCCUCUCUCUCUCUCUCUUUCUCUCUCUCUCUCUCUCUCAAUGCCUCCCUCUCCUGCAUCCUAUCUAUUUCUCUAUAUAUAAUCUAUAUGAAAUUUUUCUUUUCUUUUUCGUAAAGAAAAGAAAGAUCGAAAAAUUCGAUAGAACUUCAUCCUUCAUGCGGUCUAGGAUCGUCCUUGAAUCCUUGGACUCUUUGGAAGUUUCUUUCCCCUUCCCUCGUUAUUCUCUCACGCAGCCUACGGUCGACGUACGAUCGUAAAAUGUCCGCGAUACUCCGCAUCGAUAUCACCGGACAGACUCGCCAAUUCUCCUUACAUAUAUAUGUGUAUAUAUAUAUAUAUAUGUAUAUAUAUAUGAGUAUAUUCUCUUUCGAUCUUCGAUGUCCCCUUUUCUACCUUAACGUUGCAUGCUUUCGAAACUUUCGCUUUCGAAAUCGAUGCCGAUUGGAAGAUCUUUUUUUCUCUUUAGGUUAGGUGGAAAAACGAAAUAAGAUAGGGUCAUUAGCUGCGUUAGUCUGUUCGUAGAUUUCGGAAAUGUUCAAAAUCGAAUUUUUUCGGUAUCAAAGUCGUCGUUCGAAGCGGCUAACUUCGUUUCGAAGGGAAUUGUUACGAAAUCUAAGAAAAAUAUCGGCCAUCGGUCCACUGACAUAGCAGAGAAAGAGAAAGAGAGGGAGGGAGAGAGAGAGAGAGAGAGAGAGAGAGAGAGAGAGAGAGAGAGAGAGAGAGAGAGAGAGAGAGAGAGAUAUGAGUCGUCGUCGUCUCGAGCGAAUUGGGAAGCGUGUUACGGUUUUGGACAAAGGUCACGUGACAUGUAAGCCGAGAGAAGCGGGAGAUCCAAAAGAUAACCGAAGAUCUAUCUCCGACACAAAAGCUACGAAUAACGAGGACUACGAUUACGGCUAAGGCUAAGGAUCGACAAUGACAACGACGACGAUGACGAUAAAAACAAAACAAUACACGGACAAGAAGACUGAAUACUAUCGAGAUUCAUUUAAAUGUCGGGCUUUCCUCGACUGGUGAGACACGACGCUCGUUUCUACGCGCGCACCUUCGGGCUCGAAAGAAAGGCGGAAGAAGAGAAAUAGAUGUCGCGAACAGAGGUCGCGCUUUUCGUCGCGACCGAGGUGAAAUCGUGAGAAGGGAGAAGGAGGGAGGGGUAGGAGGGAGAGACAGAAGAAGAGUGAGGGGGAGAGAGAGAGAGAGAGAGAUGCGUGAACGGAUAGCAAAUUCGUUGGAAAACCGUUGCACACUCCUCUCUUCUCUGCGCGCUCGUCCUCGUAACGUUGCUGGUGCUCUCUCGCAAGCUAGCAGUGGGGAAGGCCCAGGCGAAAAAUCGAUUUCCCGUAGGGCAGAAGGGCAUCCGAGUAGGCGGUAGGGAAGGGGCAGGCAAGGACGAGGGCAGGGGAAAGGUACACUGAGACGAAAUUCGGGAAAAUCCGCAGAGAAGAGUGGGAGUUGGGAGUAGGAGAAGUAGUAGAGUAGUACGAUGAGGACGUGGUGGCGAAGGAGAGGGGUCGAGAGUGGUGGAAGGUGUUGCGGCGAGGGGUAGAGAGAGAAAGAGAGAGAAAGAGAGGGACAAACAGACAGAGACAAAUAUAUUACUUUCCAGUGCGAUUCCGGUGCCACUACCACUAUAGGAUGUCGACGAGCACGCGCGUGUGUGGAUUCCCAGUGGUCGAAGGAAUGGAAACCAUGGAGUUGGAUGGUGAUGCUGUAGUUGAUCUGAGCGUAAGCAGUGGCAGGAGGAAUUCCCCAUCUAUAAAUACUAAUUCAGGUGAUGCAGGGGUGCCCUUGGAUCUUGGAGUUCAUUUCUCCACAAGUUCUAAUUUAGAAAGUAAUAUGCCAGAAGCUCGUAACAUUCAAAAUGCAGCAAGAGGCAUAUUGGCUCCAAAAUCGGGAGAUGACCGGAGGACUCGUCGUAAUCUUAGACCAAGAAUUGAAAGAAGUUACGCGGAGAGUCCUGACGAGCCUAGAAUAAAUGGAUAUCUAAAUGGAAAUACAUCGGAUAGCGAUGAAGGUCGAAUUACAAAUAAUAUUUCUUCAAACACAGCUGAUAUGCCACCAUUGCUUCCAAUCAAAGAACUAUCUUCAGAUGAAUUGGCUGAACGCGAAAGGACAUUGAGAAAACUGAAGGAGGAGCUACGAUCUGAGGAAAUGAAAUUGGUACUGCUAAAAAAGCUGAGACAGUCUCAACAAUUAAAAGAGAAUAUUGCGGCAGUUCCCAAAGUUCCCAGCAAAUUGCCACCACCAGUAACAGUACAACCAACACCUCAUGGGCAUAGAACAGGGAAAGCACCACCGCCAUUACUGAGAGGGCAACCGGCACCAAGUAGAAGUAGUAGUCUUCAUGCGCCACCACCUGGAAUGUUAUUACCACCUACAACUGGACGUAGUUCUACUUCAAGUACUGGAAUGCCUCCUAACAUGGUAAUACCUCAACCACCGCAUCCUCGGAGUAGACCACCUAGUGCAACGCCGAGUGUGCCAGCUUAUCAUGCUCCGGCUGAUAGAACUGAACGCUCCACAAAAGAUCCUACCCCUACACCAGCGCAUCAACUGCUUGUUGGAUCUCAAGAAAAUAAAACCACAGCAUCUUUAAAUACGCCCGUAAUUUCGGAACAGGAUAGAUCCAGAGAGGAUAAUCAAACUCCCGCACAGCGGCAGGCUGCUGCUAAGUUGGCUUUAAGAAAACAACUGGAGAAAACUCUUUUGCAAAUACCACCACCGAAACCUCCACCACCGGAAAUGCAUUUUGUACCGAAUCCUUCGAACACAGAGUUUAUUUAUCUGGUUGGCUUGGAGCAUGUGGUUGAUUUUAUUACGAAAGAACCUGCUAUACCCCCUCCUCCUGAGCCGUUUGAAUGUACACAGUGUAAAACAGACUUUACGCCUGUUUGGAAGUGGGAAAAACCAGUAGGUAGUGGCAAAAAAGAAGGUCCACGUGGACAGCAUGCCACGUUCCAACGACCUCCAGCAGGUCGAGAUCCUAGAGUCAUCUGUGAACAUUGUGUGACGUCCAAUGUUAAGAAAGCUCUCAAAGCAGAACAUACAAAUCGAUUAAAGACUGCUUUUGUGAAAGCUCUACAGCAAGAGCAAGAAAUCGAACAAAGGCUUGCUCAAGCAGCGUGUCCAAGUCCAGAUCCACCAGCUCCAAAAGUAGUCCCGAAAGCGGCUACUCCUACAAGAAGAAUAGCGACACCUCCUGCUCCUCCUCCUCAGGUGCCGCCGGCACCUACGCUUACGCCAACACCACCUGCGCCCAAACUGCAGGAACACCCGUUAGUUAAACUGGCUGAAAGUGGAAAGUUUAGCCCUCAUCAUGCGGCUACUGCAGCUGCUUUACAACAGCAAUUGUUAAGAGAACUGGCAAAGAAUCCCGUAGCAGGCUUACCGCAUCAGCCUCUUCCUGCACACAUGAUGCCUCCGUUUACUUCGAUAUUAUACCCGUAUCAGCUCGCAAUGGCACAGGCUACUGGAGGUAAAGGCCUCGUUGAAUUGCAACGGCAAGCAGCGGAUCUUCAACGUCAGUACCUGCUCGAUAUGAUUCCAUCGCAAGCAUCACAAGCACAGGGCAACCAAGCUCCACCAAGAGCUCAUCCGCAUAAUUGGAAAACGUAACCGGACGCAUUUAAAGAACGAACGAUAAAUACAAGUAAAUAAUUACAAUAUACGGAAUAUCGAAGUAAUUGAGGAACAGUUUCAUGGAAAAGUUUCAUGAUUAUUAACAGAGACGAUAUAUCGCAAAAUGUCAUACCGUUGUGAUUUGGACUACCGAUACGUUAUUGGUACAUCGCUCAUUAAAUGAUCAGCUUGGGAAAGAUACAAUACAAGACGUAUGUAAAACGAUUACGAGGAACUCUUCGUGUAAUGAAUUCACGACUUUUAUUUCUGAUCAUUGAAUGAUUGUAAUGGUUUGACUUGUUUCAACGUUCGUAAGUGUGGACAAUGAAACCUUGAUGAUCAAUUGGAGAGCAGCAGUACGUUUUAAACAUUAACACUACAAGCAGUGUUUCCUUUUGAUAUUACCCUGCAUCGAUAUUGAAUAUUUUACGGGACAAGCAGAUUAAGAUGGAUCUUAUGUACGUAAUGUGCAUAAGGUAUACGAUAUCUGAAUAAAGUGAAGAUAAGAAAAAGCAAAAAAAUGAACAUUUGUAAGGCACUAAGAGACAGUAAUAAGUGGUAUAUGAAAAUAUCGAUGCAUCGAUUAAAAAGUAAUAAUCGGCGUUUAUAGAUGUGGAAAAUGAUCGCGUUGCGAAAAACUAAAGUUGAAGGGAAGAAUCUUUCUAGGCUCUUAUAGUUAAGCCGAUCUUGGCCGUUGGAUCGAAUAAAUCAUUAUCCAGCGGCGGUACCUGUACUCUGUGUAUAUCUUUAUUUUCUUCAACUGUGAGUAUUUUUAAGGUGAAUAUAAUGCAUGUGUGAGAUAGAGAUAGAUAGAGAUAGAGAGAGAGAGAGAGAGAGAGAGAAAGAGAAAGAGAGCAAGUGAACGUCAGAGAAAAAGAGAGGGAGAGAGUGAAUUAUAAUUAUAAUUAUAAAUAAUAAUCUUUGCAAGGAAACGUGUGAAAGAAUAAGCGAAUGUAUGAGCGAUAAGAAAAAUUCUUUUUGCCGAUACGUGGCAGAGUAUGUGCACACACAUCGACAUGUUUUUCAUAGAAUGACGCCAGUGUCAUUCGCGCACAAAUCUAAUAGGAAUUUCCAUGUAUGACAAAUCGGCUAAAAUGUUUUUUCUGUAAUGAGAGGUACAUCAAGGCGACAUUGUGACUCGAUAAAAUUUUUCUAUAAAUAUACUACGACUAAACUAAAAUUCGAUUGAGAUGAAAGAAUGUACUGAUGAAGAGUAAGAUUUUCACAGCACUAUUGAUUUGAUGUGCCACAAUUCAUGUAAAGAUAUUAAAAGUAAUCAACAGGACGUGUGCAUUAAUUGCAAUUUUUCGAAGCGUUAAAACGCGAGAUAAAAGAAAAAAUAAGAUCCGAAUUUUUACUAUCCUCUAAAAAAAAAGAAAAAAAGAAAAAAAAAAGAAAAAAAAAGUUUGCACAUAACAGUUAAACCCUCUGGCACUCAUCCCGAGCAAUACUAUUAAUUAUUAUCACCUUCGCUAAUAGCCUAAUUUCUAUGACUCUGGCUAACAAAUCUCGGUCAUACAUUUCUGAAUCAAUAAAUAAAUAGUACUAUACUGUAGUCUUGAUAUUUCUCGGUAUUAUGAUACAAGUUAAUAAACUAAAAUAGCAUAAUCAUCUCUCUUUGUAUUACGUGAUAGGUUUUGAGCUCGUACUGAUAUACAUGUACACCGUAAUAAGUCUACGAUCGCAUAAUAGAUCAAGAUCUGUGUUUUUUGUGUAAGAGAAUCGAAAGAAUAUGUCGUUGUCAACCUGCACUGUCGCCAGUGGUACUACUGCUGCCACCUUUCUACCAUCGAUAAAGGUUCUUUCAAAUCAGCGUCGCAAAAAGAGGAGAAAGGGAGAACACGGUUUAUAUUUUAUAUAUACACGCAGCCAAAAAUAUACUUUUAAUGCUGCGUAUUUACUAUUCUAUCAAUUAAUAUUAAAUGAUUUGUAAAUUUAUCAUUUCUUUCUUCCUUUUUUUUGUCCUUUUUCUUUUUUCUUUUUUUUUUUUUUUUAACGAUUGAUUAGAGAAAACUAAAGUUUUAUCCAACAUGCGAACGAUGAUUUACCGUUCAGUUCUCGCGUUCUCCCAUUCCCCGCGAGAGCAUUAUUUUUUAAUAAUAGAAAUGUUUUUAAUUAAAUGCGUGAUCCUUAAAUAAUAAGACGAUUUCGAUGUAAUUUAAAAAGAUUCAUUGAUAACAAGUAUGUACUAUGAUUACUAGGAUGCAAUUAGGAUCUUAUUCUAUACUAAUCACUUCAUUCUUUUUUCGUUUUUUUUUUUAUGUUUUUCAUUUGACUCUUUUUUUUGUUUCGUUUUUCUUUCUUUUGGAGGAAAGAAUCACUUCUUGCUUUUCCGUUGUUUUCUUUUUUCCUUUCCUUCUAGUCUGAAUUUUUGGCUCUACGUGGUGGUGCUGUUAGAAAAUAAGCACUUGAAAGCGCAGAGAAAUCUUUGUAUUCGACAAAUGUGAUGGUCUUAACACCAAAAAAAAAAGAACAACAGAAAAAGAAAUGAAAUAUUGUAAAUCGGCGCUGAGUUAAAAUACUGUGCAAACGUAGAACAUAUGCUAAUUGCAUUGGUAGCAUACGAUGGCGGCCAAAACGAACGAACGGUAUCGCAGGAUUAGAAUUUUAAUGUAUUCUUCAAAAGCGCUAUACAAUCGAAAGCUUCAUGGGAGAAAGGGGAGGAGGAGGGAGGGGGAUGCAGACUUAAAACCAAAAAAAAAAAAAUCAGAUUAUAAAAUAUAAAGCUCUCGAAAACAAAACUACGUCGGCCCGUUAUCGAGAUUGCGUUACGAUACGAUGAACGUACGGAAUCUUUUGAGAAACGACACGUCGUUGAAAAAAAAAAAAGGGAAAAAAAAGGGAAAAAAAAUGGAAAGAAAGGAAAAACUUGUCCAGUCCAAAUUCGUAUUUCGGUCUCUAAAUGAAAUGUAGGCGUAUAAAACGCAGAUGAAGGACUCUGCCCCCAUAAACUUAUAUAAUUAGUGAUUACGGAUUACUGAAUAGUCUGAAAAUAACACGAAUAAAGCUUGUCAAUGAUUGUACCUAA